AUGCGUGGAAGAGCUCUUAGAAACGAUCAGAAGUGGUGUUCUCUUAAUAGAGAUAAAGGCAAAACGCAGACCAAAAGAGCACAGCCACAUGAUUCCGGAGACGUCGGUCCCAGGGAGGAACAAGAAGAAGAGAGACCGAUCGGUGUGAAGGCAUCAAAGGCUGCAAAGUUGAGAGGAUCCAAGACCGUGAAGAGAACCACGAAGACAGGAGGCUGCUAUGAAGAACCUCCAAGCCGUGGCUGCUCUAAGUCAGAAGGAGUUCACUAA